GGCCGGGGUGGGGUGGGGUUGGAGGAAGCCGGAAGUGCAUCAGCCGGAGUCCGGCUGGGCGUUGCGGGAUUGGGGCCUGGGACAGCUCGGCCCCGGCAGCUGAGAAGCCUGUGACCCGGCGGAGCGGCGCCGUCCCAGCGUUGAGGUCUGCUGACCGACAGGCUUUGCGAGCCCCGCUGAGGCCGGCGGCCACCAGCAGCGACUGCAGAGCUACAGCGGGCGGCCCCGGGCAUGUAUGCCCCUGGAGGCGCAGGGCUGCCGGGAGGGCGCCGGCGGAGAACCCCGGGAAGCGGCGCUCUGCCCAAGCAGCCGGAGCGGAGCCUGGCCUCGGCCCUGCCUGGCGCCCUGUCCAUCACGGCACUGUGCACUGCCCUCGCGGAGCCCGCUUGGUUGCACAUCCACGGAGGCACCUGUUCCCGCCAGGAGCUGGGGGUCUCGGACGUGCUGGGCUACGUGCACCCGGAUCUGCUGAAAGAUUUCUGCAUGAACCCCCAGACAGUGCUGCUCCUGAGGGUCAUUGCUGCCUUCUGCUUCCUGGGCAUUCUGUGUAGUCUCUCUGCAUUCCUUUUGGAUGUCUUUGGGCCCAAGCACCCAGCUCUGAAGAUUACCCGUCGCUAUGCCUUCGCUCAUAUCCUCACAGUCCUACAGUGUGCUACCGUCAUUGGUUUUUCCUACUGGGCUUCGGAGCUCAUCUUGGCUCUGCAGCAACAGCAUAAGAAGUACCACGGCUCCCAGGUCUACGUCACCUUUGCUGUUAGCUUCUACCUGGUUGCGGGAGCUGGUGGAGCCUCAAUCCUGGCUACCGCAGCCAACCUCCUGCGCCACUACCCAACAGAGGAGGAAGAACAAGCACUGGAGCUACUAUCCGAGAUGGAGGAGAAUGACCCUUACCCAGCAGAGUACGAGGUCAUCAACCAGUUCCAGCCGCCCCCUGCCUAUACACCCUAACGCCAGUCGGGGCUCUCUUCCUCAGCAGCCCUUCCCCCAGUGCCACAGCUCCUCUUACACCCAGAGGAGCCACUUCCCCUAGCAGGUCUCACCGGUAGGACCCUGACCAUCAUCAUCAAACCUUCCUCAGAAGACACUCUGCCUUUAGGGCUGUCCAUGUGUCCCUGCUCUGCAGAGCCGGGACUCUAAUUUUAUUAAUGCACUCUUUCCCCUCCCCACACCCUCUGCUCCUUUCCUAUUCAUUGGCUCCUUCCAACCAGGGAUGGUCAGAUAAGUUUCCUCUCUCCGUGGGCCAUGUCUUUGGGACUGGGACUUUCCUUGGGUUGCUGCUGGUAGUGGACAGUCCCUGAGAGAGGUGCCAACAGGGCACAAGGGGAAGGGGACUGUGCCAUGCAGGUUCACUUUGCCGGGCCCAGCACUUGUACCACUCAUGUAUCUCUGGGCUGACUCCACAUUUCUUCUAGAGUGCCCAGGCCCAGCCAUCCACUCCGUGGAUUCUCUGCACUUUAGUCUCUGGGCCACUCCUCAUGUGUGUUCUGGUUUUCUGGAGAGAAGGAAUUGCUGCUGGGAGCAGAACUGCUCUCCUGCCCUGCCCUGGCCUCCUGUGGUUGGAACCAGGCAGGGAAGCAGAACCAAGCAAGAAACUGAUCCUAUCGAGGACCCCAGUGAAGGGGUCCAGCCCCUUCACCCUUUAAUGUGAGUGGCUUUACAAGGAAAAACAAAACCAAGCAAUAGCAGCCAUACCCUCUUUUUAAAGUAGGGAUAAGGUGGUGUUGUUCAGAGAUGUCUCCCGUCCUUAUGGCUCUGCAAUGUUUUGGACCAUAGCUCCCUCUGAGCCUGUCGUCACUCUUCCCAGUCUCUCCAACAGAAUACAGGCUUUCUGUCCUGGCUCCUUCUUUCAGGCAGCUGUGGCUCCCUGGGGCCUUUCUGUGGAACUAGGGCCACAUGGCCCCUGCGGGGCUGAGAACUAUGGCCUGGCUGGCUGGCCAGCAUGGUGCUCCUCAGAACUGUGGCACUGAGGCGUAGCCUGGCCUCAGUUCAGGGACAGGGGCCAAGCAGGGCAGGACCCUCCACUCUCCACAUAGGUACUCCACCCAGAGGCCCAUCGGAUUGGUGUCAGGACCCUGUCAGACAUGCAGGCCUGGCUGUAGCCUUUAGUGUGGCCCUAGACUGUGACUUGGGGCUACAGCUUGCUGCAUGCCCCUCUCCCCUUCUGGAAUGUAUGCUGGUCUUGCAGUGUGCUACUGGGCUGUUACUCUAGCUAUUCUGUUUGCCUUGGGUCCAGUUUUUUGGUUUUGUUUUAUUUUGUUUUGUUUUGCUUUUUUUGCCUGGAGACCUGGGGCAUAAGGUAGGCGAGACUUGAGAAGCCUGCAGCAUGGAUCUAGAUAGGCAAGCUGUUCUUGUUCAGUUAUGAGCUUCUUUAAAGUGACAGUCUAGUGCUAGCUGAAAGGGAGGUAAAUUCCAAUCUCUUUCCACCCUUAAGACAACAGACGUUUUGAACGAGAAUGGAGAAUGAAUAAUCAUUGAACUGUGACUACAAGAAGACUGUCACCUCCCAUUCUUUGGCCAGAAAGAAUGGUGAAUAUGUCGACAAAUGCCUAUGCAGAUGAAGACCAAGUGUGCCCAUAAGAAACCAUCUGCUUGGAGUUCCUUGCUGUAAUGCCAAAGUGUGCCCCAGUAUGACUCUCCCAUUCUUCCAGACCCUCUCUGAGGCAAGAAAGGCUGCCAGGUGAUGCCUGAGCACAAAAUCAAGGAGCUAAAUUAAGACUACCUUUCUGUGAAGUCCGGAGCUCAUCAUUGGCAGGUUUCUGAAGUAUGUGGCCAGCUCUCCCUAACAUAGUACCUGAGGGAGCAGGCCAGAAGACCAGGCACCAAAUAUGCAUGCCAAAGUGAAUGAGGACUUGACCCUGCGGACAGUUCCUUGUGAUCUGGAACCCACUUUUUACUAGUUUCCUGUUCCUCUGGCCUUUCUUUCUCUUCCCUGCCAUUCUGACACUGAUACUUUGUCAUAUAAAUUUCCCUGGUUGUGUUUUUUUUUCUUUUCUAGGAAAAAAAAUUAAAAGGAAAACAAAAACCAGAAGCUACAAAUGAUAACACAAA